GCCUUCCUCAGUGUGAUGACCUAUUGUCCCCAGUGACACAACGGAAGGAGUCCAGUCUGUGAGUCAGUGUGUCACAUGGCGAGGCCUGGGACUGCCAGGGUGUCUGAUGUCACAGACAUCAGUUUGUUUAGGUUCCCAUAAAAGCUACAUUUUUGUAUUCUUCUAUCAUAUUCGUUCAGUCCCCCUCAAAUAUUGUAAAAGCAUUGUUUUGGUGUGAGAUAUGGUAUCCACUCAUGGGGCGAGAAUUUAAAUUUAGCCUCAGAUGAACCGGGUAGGUUGUAGGGCUGGGAAUUGCGAGGGACCUCAUAAUACUAUCACUCUACUAGUGAAGGGAGAAUUAAUCAACCGUCCAUGUAGACCACUCAGGACUGUCUUACUCCUACAGACUUAACAUUAUUCCUAAGUUACAGUAUAGAAAUAAAAUGGACUGUGAUGAAGACACUCCAUAGCAUGCAAGACAUGACCCUGAUGGAGAUGAAGGAAAAACUACACACAAACACACACACUGUUUACCCACCACCAGCAAAGAAGAAUAAGAAAUCUACUCUGCUUGAAGGGACCAUGUAGCAAUCUCAACAGAAGCUUCUGGAAGGUUAUGUGGGCUUUGCCAAUCUCCCAAACCAAGUGUACAGAAAGUCUGUCAAGAGAGGCUUCGAGUUCACUCUCAUGGUUGUGGGUGAAUCUGGUUUGGGGAAGUCUACGCUGAUCAAUUCCCUCUUCCUGACAGACUUGUAUUCUCCUGAAUACCCUGGUCCCUCCCACAGAAUCAAGAAGACUGUACAGGUGGAGCAGUCUAAGGUGCUGGUAAAGGAAGGAGGAGUUCAGCUUCUUCUCACCAUCGUUGACACGCCAGGGUUCGGAGACGCUGUCGACAACAGUAACUGCUGGCAGCCAGUCAUUGAUCACAUCGACAGUAAGUUUGAGGAUUACCUCAACUCAGAGUCCCGGGUCAAUAGACGGCAGAUGCCUGACAACAGAGUGCACUGCUGCCUCUACUUCAUCACCCCCUCUGGACAUGGGUUGAAGCCUCUUGAUAUAGAGUUCAUGAAGCGGUUACAUGAAAAAGUGAACAUCAUCCCCCUCAUCGCCAAAGCGGACACAAUGACUCCUGAAGAGUGCCAACAGUUCAAGAAGCAGAUCAUGCGAGAAAUCACAGAGCACAAAAUCAAGAUCUACGAGUUCCCAGAAACUGAUGAUGAGGAGGAGAACAAGAUAGUCAAGAAGAUCAAGGAUCGCUUACCCCUGGCUGUUGUUGGUAGCAACACCAUCAUCGUGGUCAGUGAGAAGCGGGUGCGAGGGAGGCAGUACCCCUGGGGUGUGGCGGAAGUGGAGAAUGGAGAGCACUGUGACUUCACCAUCCUGAGGAACAUGCUCAUCAGAACUCACAUGCAGGACCUGAAAGACGUGACCAACAAUGUCCACUAUGAGAACUACCGCAGCAGGAAGCUAGCAGCCGUCACAUACAACGGAGUGGACAGCAACAAGAACAAGGGACCAAUGACCAAAUUUGACACAAAUGAAGGCAUGAGUCCAUUGGCCCAGAUGGAGGAGGAGAGGAGGGAGCACGUGGCCAAGAUGAUGAAGAUGGAGAUGGAAAUGGAACAGGUGUUUGAGAUGAAGGUCAAGGAGAAGAUCCAGAAGCUCAAAGACUCUGAGCAAGAGCUCCAGCGGCGCCACGAGCAGAUGAAGAAGAACCUGGAGGCCCAGCACAAGGAGCUGGAGGAGAAGAGACGCCAGCUGGAGGAUGAGAAGAACAACUGGGAGGCACAGCAGAGGGUGCUGGAGCAACAGAAACUAGACUCCUCCAGGACCUUGGAAAAGAACAAAAAAAAGAAGAUAUUUUAAAAGUAUUGCAGGAGGACCACCAUGUAACAAUGUACUAGUUGCCAAUUGACCAGCCUGGACCGUCAGUUUGCCUGUCGACCAACAACCUGUUACUGAUACUGUAUGUGUGACGGAGCAGCGUGGUCUGUCUGGGGGAAGUUGGUUCUAACUGGGGGAUAGAGGGAGAGAGGCUCCUCCAUUAAACUCACUCACUUUCAGACAGACUCAGUCCUGGAACAUGCUAUAUCACUGUACUAUUUCUCCUUUUAUCCCUCUCUUUUUUAAUGUAUAUAUGGAUUUUCUUCCUGAAGUGGGCACAUUAGAUGGUUGUACAAUCAUGUUUUGUGGUUCAGUGUGACACACAGAAAAAGGACUUUAAACCCCAGAAUGCCACAACUGCUUUUCUUUCACUUCCUUAUUCUCUUUCUAGUUAGAUGGCCUUGGAGACGGACUGCACUGCUAUGUUGUAGUGUUCUAUUUAACGCCAAAUGACCAAACGGCAGAGUAGGAAGCUACUCACCUCAAGCUACUCACCUCAAGCUACACACCUCAGGCGUUUUGUUUUGGAACAUUUUGUUAUUUAGUUGUCCCUUUUAUUUUUGUAAUCCUGAUCCCAACAUGAUAUGCUCUUCCAUCCCUUGUCAUUUAAAUGAUCUAGCCAUGGACGGCGUGUUAGAACAUUGGAUUUAUUAUUAUUUUGUCUGUUUAAAAUGUUUGGUUCUCUUAUAUUGGCCCUGCUACAGUAAUCAUUUGUUCAUUAUUCGUUUCAUGUUUGUUUGCAGGCGUUUUCCAGUCUGGUCUUGGAGGUUUACUGUGCACACUGGAUUUGACUCCAGCUGACACAUAGUAGGCCCCCUUGACCACGGCUAGAGAACCCUGUUUUAGAAGACGGUGGGGAGGAAUGCUUGGUUGUUGACUCAACCCGUUAACACAACCUUAUUGUUGUUAUUGUUGUUUACUUACAAUUUCGAAUAGCUGUAAAUAAACAAGUCUAUAUUGACUGUAAUAAACAACUGUGGGGUUCCCUUCCCAAACAUCACAUUUAACUCUUCAUGUACUGCAUCUCUAUUUUUAUUUGUCUUUUGUUUUGUUUUUAUAGUCCCGUAAUAAACUUGUGAUACAACCCA